UUAUCAUGCCGACGUGAACCAACGUGUACGUACGAGGCCGAGGGUACGACGUACGUACGUACUUACGUAUUAUGUGCAUGCAAUAAUUUUCACAUGAUUUUAGGUAAACUGCAAAAUGGCCGCAUCCGCUGCGAAGUCGCGGCUGACUUUUCUCUGCCUUUCAGUCCUUAUUUACUCCUUUGCUGUUGAGAUCGCAGCUCAUAGUUCUAGCGAGCAUGUGCACGAUGAAAAGGUGCAAUCACACGAGGGAAUCCACAGUCAUGACAUUCCACAGGGAGCCUCUUUGAAGUCCAGUUCCAUGCAGAAAUGGGGGGAUGCGAUCGGCGCGACGCUCCUCAUCAGCGCCGCUCCGUUCUUGAUCCUGUUCGUCAUCCCGCUGGACAAGGAUCGAGAGGGGCAGGAAGCGUUGCUGAAAGUUCUCCUCAGCUUCGCCUCGGGAGGGCUGCUUGGAGACGCCUUCCUGCAUCUGAUUCCUCAUGCAGUGUCCCCGCAUCAUCACCAUGGCGACGGAGGAGAUCAUCACCAUCAUCACCAUGGACACGAUCACCACGAUCACCACGAUCACUCACAUGAUAUGAUGGUGGGAUUGUGGGUUCUCACUGGAAUUGUCAUCUUUCUUGUCGUAGAAAAAGUAGUUCGUUAUCUGAAGAAGGGGCACGAACAUGGACAUUCCCACGGCCUCCCAAAACCAGCUGAACAGAACGAGACGGGUGUCGUCAACGGGGAUGAGAAGGCAUCAAAAGAAGGCGGGGCCAGAAGGAGGAAAAAGACCAACAGUGGAAGUGGGACGGAGAAGAAGGAAAAGGCAGGAAGCAUCGCUAACGGUGGUUCAGUUGACGCUGAUGAGGGCAUCAAGGUAGCAGGCUAUCUGAACCUCGCCGCAGACUGCACGCACAAUUUCACCGACGGCCUUGCCAUAGGGGCGUCUUUCCUCAUCAGUCGCAACGUUGGCAUCGUGACAACCAUCACCAUCCUGUUACAUGAGGUACCCCAUGAGAUCGGCGACUUUGCAAUCCUCGUACAGUCGGGCUGCAGCAAGAGAAAGGCUAUGUACCUGCAGCUGGUCACAGCUGUUGGUGCACUCGCUGGUUGCAUCACGGCCCUAUUGGCCGAGGGAGGGGAUGAAUCUGCCCCCAGCUGGAUCCUACCGGUCACGGCCGGCGGUUUCAUCUACAUAGCCACCGUCUCUGUCAUACCAGAAUUACUUCAACACAACAACAUUAAGCAGUCUAUCGUGGAGAUUCUAGGAUUGUUAGCUGGCGUCGGUCUGAUGAUUGUUAUUGCUUAUAUAGAGUGAGAAGUUUAAGUUAGGUAGGAUUCUAUUUUCCAUGUAACAUUAAUUGUUCAUGUUAUGAAAAAGUACAAAUGUGCUCUCAAUAUUUUCAGUAAUCAGAAUUAUAUUACAUUCAUAAAUCUUUCCAAAGCCAAAUACUUCAUACAGUCAGUCAGUCAGAUUGGUCUAAAGAAGACUGUAGGUGGCCCCUCUACGACCAGCAAAACUCCCAGACUUAAGAUCCUAAAUUAACUAUUUCAUUAAGCUCCAAUGUUGGCAUCUGUUUCUACUUUUUUUUUCUGCAUGUCUGUUUGUAGUUUGGCUUACGUUGUGUUGUCUAUGGCAGUGAAGUUAUUUUGUUUUCUGUAGUGCAUUGUAAACUAGUUAAUCGUUCAGGGUACAUGUGUAGCUUUUAAGAUUGAUCAAAUAAAGGAAAAUCCUUUGUUUUUAAGGAUGCAACUUAAAGGAUACAACUACAGUUUAUUUUCUUUCUUUUUUUCACUUUGGUUUUUCUUGCCAUAAAUUGAAAAUUACUGGCUUAGCAAUGAAGAGACUUUGUGCGUUACGAAAACGUGGCUUUUAGUUUUAGCUUUAAUGGUGUACUUUUAUCGCCAAGAAUAAGUGGCAGCAUUUCAGUAAUUUAUGCAGUGUUACUUGUUACAUUGUGAAAUGUGAUUGUCUUACUGUCGUGAAUGUGUACAAGUUAUUUUUUUUAAGUGGCAGAUUCAAAGAACAACGAGUAUUAUACAACGAAGAUUUCUAAACGAGGAUUUUGGUUUAUUUUUUUGAGUGAUGUCAUGGUGACCAACUAGAUGACCUUGAUAAAUUAUAAACUUAUGUCAGCAUAAUGUCUCAGUGUGUUCUUACCUUUCUUGGGGGCGGGGGGGGGGGGGGGGGGCUACCACAUUAUAGACUAGAAACAAAUCGUCAUAACACAUUUUUUAACACAUUUUAAAUCCACCAUGGAAGUACCAUGAAAAAGAAUACUUGUGUUUUUUUCCCCCCAGAUAAACUAUCAACAUUUUGUUCACCUUCAAAUUGAUGCAAACGAUGUAGAUAUAUCUCAAAAGUGAUGGUUCUAUUUCAGCAUAACAAUUUUUCUGCUUUCACUGAAUGGCAUGAUAUUUUUAUUUUAAAAGUUUGGUCACCAUGGCAAUAUAUUCAUCUUAAGGUUGUUUUUUUUAAUUUCGAUUUUGAAGGUUUUGCUUUUCAUGGGCUGUGAAAAAAAUGUGUACAGUACAUUCUACUUUCUAGGAAUCGUGUUAAAAUGUUACAUUUUUUGUAAAUGCAAACUUACUUGCUGCAACCUUUGCAACGAGAAUGGUGAAAAUAUUAUAUAAUUUGAAAAAUUCAAUUGUAUCGGUCAGUGAUAUAUUUUCAGUUGAUUUUCCUUAAUUUAAUUUUGGUAACUUUGAUAGCUACUUAAUGUAUCAAGUGUUUGUAUGCAUUAGUGGGAAAUAAAUCAAUGAAUAUAUUGGCGGAAGUCA